UGUGUGUUUAUUGGAUCUCUACCAUAUAGGCUAUUGUGAAGACUGACGAAGUCACGGAUUAAAUCGAGUUUAAUGAAGACCAUCGUAAGUGAAGGACAAAGACAUAAGUUAACACGUUAAAAGAAUAAGCACAUGUUUGUCUACGUCAGGACUCUUCUUCAGGUCAGGCUAUAUGAUUUCCAAUUUUCCAUACGCUGCCUGCUCAUUAUAUAAACCUCACGUUUUAAUCUGUAACUGGACACAUUACACACCUAAAAUAACUAAUAAAGACACCAACACAGAGACACAAGAAAAUGAAAUAUAUUUGUGGUUGGUUGCUUUGUUUCUGGUUCUCUCUUUGGUAAUUUCAUCUUAUGCAGCUUCAACUCAACCAUACCAAUUCCGGAAACUUUUGCGAUCUGUAGCAUCACCUAGUAAAUCAAGAUCCGGCGGCGGUGGAUCUUAGCAAGGCGAAAAUCAGCUCGAGAUACAUGCUAUUUGUCACUUAUCAGCCACGCAGCCUCAUGAUCAAAUCGAUACCUUCCGUUCUUUGUUGUUUCUAUCAUUUUGAUAACAAUCCCUGUCGAUAUAUAGCUAGUUAUGCGUGGCUUGUCUUUUUUUUUUUUUUUUUUUGUCCACAGUAUGUGUGAUCUUGUCUUGU